AUGCCUUCGAAAAUGAGUGCUAUAGAGGCUGAUAUGGAUCCCGACUUAAUCCAGCCAAGAGGAUCGUCCGGUUUCUUUUUCUCGAACGUGUGGCAUCCAUAUGUUGAGCAUUUAUCGGCCAAGAAAUCCAUUUUAUUGGAUAGCCUUGAAAGGCACGAGGCUGGAACAUUGCCAGAAGGCUAUGUAGUGUCACGAGCAAACUGCGCGUUGGUUGAUUUUGUUCAAGCUGUCUACGCAGCCGUGGAUGCGCUUAGUUUGCAAGAAAAUGGAGAUAAAAAUAACAAUGAACAUGUUGCCGAAUCAAUUUUCACCAGUUGUCAACCCAAUCUGCUGGCCGCGUUGAGCCUUUUGUUAUCAGCGAGCACUGACGAAACGGUGACGGAUCAGCUUUUGUGUGCACUUUCGACGCUAAUGUCAGUUGGAUGCAAAUUGAAAGCAAUUCCUGCCAGUUUGAAUUGUUUAUACGUUCUAUGCUGUACUUGCUUACCAACAGUGACGUAUUUGCGUUCGUAUGCAGGAGCAGAGACGCCCAUGAACGAGCGUGAGUUCUGA